CGGCGAGGCCUGCGCCGCCUAGCUCCGACGCUACAACACCACUGAAAGAACUCACGAUCCCACCCUCAUCUUUGAAAGUGGUUACUGUUCUCCCCUCCGAAGUCACUCCUUCUACAUUUCGACAUGUUGGCACGCUCGGGCGUCCUGUCACUCGCUUUUACUCUUCUCACCGGCCAUGCAGCGGCUAUCGAUCUGGAUAUAAACAGCAAGGACUCGAUAAAGUCUGCAGCAAAGGUUCUGGCAAGCGGUAUCGUUGCGUUCUACGAUGAGACCUUGAAUGAGGAUUUGAUCCCUGGCCUUUUCCCCCACCCAUACUAUUGGUGGGAGUCCGGCUUAGCCUUCAAUGCCUUGGUAGACUACUAUGGUCUCACGAACGAUUCUGAAUACAAUUCUCGCAUCUCAGAAGCCCUGCAACAUCAGCUCGGUGAUUACGAUGCCUUCAUGCCAGCCAAUCAGACCAAAGUUCUCGGUAACGAUGAUCAAAGCUUCUGGGGCCUUGCUUCUUUGUCUGCGCAUGAAGUCCAACUUCCAGCGCCUGCGUCAGGCAGCUGGUUAGAGUUUGCGAAGAAUGUUUUCGACACCCAGACGUCGCGCUGGGACACCCACAGCUGUGAUGGGGGCCUCAAGUGGCAGAUCUUUACCUUCAACGAUGGUUAUAACUACAAGAACGCUGCGUCUAAUGGUCAACUGUUCCUUCUGGCUGCCCGACUUGCGGACCAGACCGGAAAUGCUACGUAUGCAGAAUGGGCAAACAAAAUCUAUAACUGGACCACUGAAGUUGGCCUCGUUUCGGCCGAUCAGCAUGUGUACGACGGUACAGAUGACAGGCAAAACUGCUCAGCUGUCAACCACAUCCAGUGGACGAACAAUCACGCAGAGUUCACGGAGGGUGCUGCGCUUAUGUACAAAGCUUCAAAUGGUUCUCAAAAAUGGACUGAUAUCGUCACUGGCUUUGUAAAAGCUUCAUCAACCUUCACAGGCGAUGGUGGUGCACUUAUCGAAGCGGCAUGCGAGAAGAAUGGAAAGUGCGACAUCGACCAGCGAGCUUUCAAGGGCAUUGCCGUGCGCUCUUUUGGUCGGGCUGCUCAAGUCGCCCCUAUCGUCGCAGACUCUAUUCACGCGAUGCUGAACGCCUCUGCUAAAGGCGCAGCCAAGAAUUGCGAAAGCGGCGGUGAUAAUGUUGUGUGCGGACUUAGCUGGUCAAGUUCGAGUAAUGGCACCUCGGAGCAGGCCACUGCUGCAGAUGGUAACCUCGGCGAAGUCCUUAACGCGUUGCAGGCGAUUCAGGCACUGCUAUGGCCCACUGUCAAGUUCAUCAACAGCACUAUUGGGACCGUGAGCCCUAACGCAACUACAAGCGGAAGCCCUACAGGAACUUCUGAUGGCGCUCAGCACACCGGCAGUGGAGCGACUCUUGCAGCAUCGUUCACGCUUGUACUGGCUAUUGCUUUCACUACGGCCUUGAGUUGCUAAUAAUUUAGCAACGGUGUGUGAGGGAUAUGUCAAGUAACAAACUAUUGUAGAAUUAAACAUGGAAGGCAUUUGAUCAAGGAGCGGUGUGAGAGAGGACCAACUGGAGAUACCAACUGCUCUAUGACAUGGAUGGAUUGGUGGAAGGAAGGUUCAGGAUUGUUGGAGAUAUGGGUG